AUGCAUUCAGAUUAUUUGGUUACAUUUAAACCAGAAAAAGUUGCAGGAUCCAGAGCACAGUUGGUAGAUAUGCAAGACUACAAGAAGUUUCUUUUGGAUUAUAAGAAAUUAUCAGAUGGAAAGAAAAAUUUGACAAUUAUGGCAUCUUUAAAGAAAAAAGAAAAAAGAAAGGAUAUUUUAGAUUCUGAAAAAUCAGAUUAUGAAGAUACUAAUUUGUGUAAAAAGAAUAAAAAGAAAAGUAUUGUGAAAUUGGAUGAUUUUUCAGAAAUAUUACAAUAA